UCAUUUUUAAAACCCUACCCUCGAGUUUAACGCAGCUCGCCCAUUCAAUGACCCUUUCCCGUUCCUUCGCCGAAUGCCACAAAGCAACACACGAACAAAUCAGUGUUUUGUCAGCCAGCAGCCUUAGCUAAAAAAGUAACGGGCUCAGCAUCCGGAGGCGAUGCAGGAGCAGUCAAUCAGCUGACUUGAAGCUAACGCAAAAACCCCGUAGUUAAAAAAAAAAAUCAUAGUUACGCAUAUUUACUAUACUAACAAAAUGAUAAUAUCACUACGGUAUUAAUACAUACAAGCGCCGUCAACUGUUUGACCGACGGAUACCAGCCCUCACAUGCGUGCAUCGUUAAUUAAAUUUCUGUUCUGAAGUAGAACUAGGUGAGGCGAUUAUGGUGAACGUGCGAUCAACUGGUAGAAAUCGACUAUCAAGCACAGAAAACCAGCUGAGUGAGUUACAGAUCGUGUUACAAUAUGAUAAUAUCAGCGCGGAUGGUCGUGGCACUGGAGGAACUAGGUGCUCCUUUCCACUUUUCGUGUAAGCCCCGACGCCGUCCGAACGGCAGACGGAAAGGCAGCGGCGAAACCGAUGCUGUCUGUGCAUCCAACAGGAAGGAAAAAUAGCUACUGAUGAACGCCAAUGCAGUUCAAGGCAGCACUCUUCUGCAUCGUUAGAAAAGAAGACACAGGCACAUAGGUUACCAGCGACACCUGUCUAUUAUUCAGUGAUCAUAGUGCUAAAAACGUGCAUAACAGAACUUCCGAGUGAUUAAAGUGCCAUCAAAAAGCAAUGAUGCUCGUACUGAAAAACGCGGUUCUAGAGCACAACUCGCUUUUGUGCCCUCAAAUUAAGGAUAACUACGUCACGCAACAAUCGUUAGAAAUGGAGUUUAAAGUUAGUGUUCCGGGAAAGGUCAUACUUCACGGGGAGCAUUCUGUCGUCUAUGGAAAGGCAGCUGUGGCAGCGGCCAUUGGCCUACGUACGGAGGCUGAGGUGCAAUCUUCAAAAGAUGUAACGCUGAACUUAAAAGACUUCGGGCAAAAGUUUACGUGGAGGCUCGAUGAGUUUAAGAAACUCGAUGUCAAUUUUGGCGAUGGCGAAGUGGCAAUUCCAUCCGAAGACAUUCUUAAGUGCCUUCGAAGUACUUUUAAUAUUGGGUCCGACACGAAAUGGCACGGAAGCCUGGUUACGUUUCUGUUCCUUUAUAAUGGUAUCGCCCAGAAGCAAUCCAAAAGCCCCAAAAAUUUUCUUCCAGUUGAACUGAUUAUACAUUCGACCUUGCCAAUUGGUGCUGGUCUGGGUUCAUCAGCGGCGUAUUCAGUGGCUGUGGCGGCUUCACUUUUGCGACUCUUUAAAGUCGUUCCCUCGAAAGGAGGGGUUCCUGCUAAAGAGGAUCUAGAGAUCAUUAGCAAGUGGGCAUUUCAAUCGGAAGUGAUUCUGCAUGGGAAACCUUCUGGAAUCGACAACUCGAUCUGCACCUUUGGCGGAGCGUUGCUCUUUCAAAAAGGCCGAAUCCAAGAAAUCAAUUCGAAUGUCCCGUUGUAUCGUGUUCUAUUGGUCAAUACACAAGUGCCACGCAACACGCGGGCGCUUGUAGCACACGUCAAGGAACGGGUCGAACGGCAGCCUACAAUAAUGGCAUCCACCUUUGAGGCAAUGGAUGAGAUCGCCUGGCAAACUUGGCGGACGCUAAAGGCGAAUAGUGUUUCAGGGCAAGGCACUGCCGCGGCACCAGCGGAUUUGGCGACUAAAGACAAAGCGGAAGUCAAGACCAAUCAGAAGCUUUAUGAGUUUGCUGCGGAACUGAUUUCAAUGAACCACCAUUUACUGAACGCCAUUGGAGUCGGUCAUCCAAUCUUGGAUCGUAUCGUAACCGUAGCGGGAACAGUAGGUUUUUCGGCGAAAUUAACUGGCGCCGGGGGAGGUGGUUGCGGAUUCAUUUUACUCGGUGUUGGGGAGCCUGAAAAAGUGAAGACAAAUGAUGUCAGGGCGGAUAAUUUACGAGAGCUGCUCAUCAAAGAAGGCCUCCAAUUCUGGUCGGUUGAUAUGGGAUGUGCAGGAGUGACGUUUAGCUAACAAAGCUCACUAUAUCGUUUUACUAGAAUACUGGCGAUGCCUGUGUGUGAGUUGUCAAAAAACGGUCUGAUUGUGGACAUCGGUAUUUUCGUGAGCAGGGCUUGCGAAAAAGUUUUCAACUCCUUAGCACAGUAUCACGUCCUAAAGAAUAGGACUAAAAAAUUAUUUUUUAUGCUUAAUUGAUACUUAAUAACUGGACAUGUAAAAACUAAUGUGUCCAGCUGUACCGCAACGAGUGAACAAACAGCAUUACCUAACAUACUAUUUGUUCGCGAACUUUUUAUUCGGGUUAUUUCGCUAUCAGUGCUUCGUUUCUACAUGCGAAAAGAGGGUAGUGAUGGCCUUCGAAAUGUACGAGUAGUUGGACAAGUGAAACAAAUGGUCCAUAAAUUCACCCUUGAUUAUCAGAACAGUUGCUACAACUUUGGCAUUAAUCGAACGUUGUCUUAAAAACGUGUCUACGAUUGCCGUCGUUUUAAUACAAAUGCCUUUUUGGAUUUUAAGAUCAGAGUUAAUACCAAUAAUCGCAGCAAGUCGUUAAUUAGAGCUCGUAGCUUUAAGUAACAUCGUCAAUAACUAAUACGUACAGUGUUAUUUUUGACCCAAUAGGGAUAGGCUCAAGUUGAGCGACACACAACUUACGAUAUUGUUUGGCCCACAGCGCCGAGCGAUAUACAUUAGCAUUACAAAAAUGUUACAAGUUACAGUACAGACUAUCAUUUUAUGCUCAAGCUUUUAGACAAGCGAGAGGAAAAGUAAAUUGUACGUGACAGGAAACUAUUUUCCACAUACCCCUAUAAAUGAAUCGCGACUUGUUUUUCCUUGUGUUUAAAAGACGUUUAUAUACACGUGCUGAAUGUGCUAUUUGGAAGGGCGGUUUAAGGACGGUCAAACAAAAAAUGGGUUUUUUUCUUAGAUGCAGCUUCUGUUCUUAAACUAUGUUGUGUUGGAUUACGAAGUUUCAUUGACUGUUUUUAAAUAUAGAAUAUUUUAUAUUUUACAUACACAGUAUAAUAAUGCACCGUGUUGCCACCGAAAUUUAUUGAAGAAAUUUAUACCUAAUGUACAACAUGUAAUGGCUUUAAUGAUUAAGCUUAACCGCAAGCUGCGUGGACUGAAACCAGAGAACUAAUGAUUUGGCAAUUCAUUUUGGCAUAAAUACUUCUGCUCAAAAUACUUGCUAAAUCAGUAAUUUUAUAUAUACUAUCGUGUAAGUGAUAGGCAAUAGUAUAAGAAGUGCGUGGCAACGAGACAUUGUUUGUCAGAAUGCAGUUGCGCGCGUGUCAGAACCCUUCGCUUUUAUGGCGGGUAUUUAGAGGAGGUAAAUGACUGCAUUAAUGUUUUGACAGCAUAUUGUUGUUUUGUAUUGUCAAAUGUACCUUAAAAAAUCCAGUCAUUGUCCAACUGGUGUGUUGUUAGUAGAGACGGCAAACGGAGACUUUCCGAAUAAAUAAAUUCCGAAAGCAUUCUUAAGAUAAUUUUUUAACCUAGUGCAAAGAACGUUUUUUAAUGUAUUCCUUAUUUUUCCAUACUUCACUGACUUUUUUUUGGAAAUUGCUAGACAUGUUAGUCAUGUUUAGCAAUUUUUAAAUGUUACACGUGUCUGUCGGCAAAAAAGGACGAGGAUAGAGAACAGCGUUUAACAAAAGAGAAAGUGGCAGUGCCCAAUAAAUUUGGGCAGUAAUUACUGUUCACACUCGCAAUUAAUAUCAGGGGCAACUGUUAUUACUAUAAGAUAUAGAUCGAAAUGCUGCCGUAUGUAUCGCAGUCCUAAUGGAUGUGCGACGUCAUACGUGUUUUUAUUAAGGCAACGCGUAAUUUUAUCACUUCCUUUAAUUACGGUGUAGGUCGAAAAAAAAAGAAUCCACAGAUAAGUUCAUAGAUCAAUCCAAAUGAUUUCCAAAUAGGAAGCUUCCGUCAAGCGAACUAUAGAUAACGAGUUAGUAAUGCAGGUGAACAGAUAAGAUUCCAGAAGACUCGUUUACAACUGCAGACAAUAAAAGAAUACAUCAAGCAUAUACGAAAACACCAUUGCUUUACGUAACAUGGUUUUCGAAAAGUAUUAUGCGAUAUUGUACACAUAUUUCUAUAUUAUGUGGUGCAAAUAUGAUAAAGGUUUACGUACGCCAUUGCAACUGUGAGCUGACGCAGAGAUCCGAGAAAUUGUACCGAUAGAGUAGAUUUAAAUGAUUGCCUAUGUAGCUUAUAGGUUCAUCCGUUUGAGAAUGUACUACACACCCGUGUAUGGAUGUGUAAGAUAAGCGGACAUCUAUUUCAAUCCUUAGUUCUGUUCGUAUUUUAUUCAGGUGCAAGCCUACGAAGUUGUUUUGAAAACCCGAGGAAGCGGGCUUGUGGGUCGAUAAAGUGUAUAUAAUUGCGUACUGUUAAUAGUGGUAAGGUCUGCAGGUGAAACACAGCGAAAGAUAAAGUACCGGAAAGUAAGACCUACAGGUAGUUCACCUUGGAAAAACAGGCGUUUUUUUAGUUGCAACAUAUAUAGGAAGUCUUAGCUCACUGAUUCCUGUCCAAGGACGUAUUUCAUUUGUACCUGUAGUUUUUACACGCAUUCCAAACGCUUUCUACAAGUGCUCUAUAAA